AUGAGGAUGACUCCAAAUGAUGUGAAGUUCAUUACUGGGCUAAGCAUAGAUGGUAAAGCCGUGAAGCACAACGGGUACGCGCAAGAGCUUGAGUGGGACAAGAUUUACGCGUUCACCAAGGAAGUGUUCCAAUGGGAUGAGGAGAUAACCAAGUCAAUGCUAGUAGGCAAAUCAAAUCAGAGGAUAUUCCAUCUCUCUAAGUUGAGGGCACUCUUUAGUGUAACAAAGAAACUUCAUGCUGAGGGAAAAGAGCUGUUGCUAAUGGAGAGGUCAGAUAAUCGUGAUGCUGACCACAUUAUUGAAAUUGAAAGGAGGUCUGGUACUUCUUCUCCUGGUCCAGGCCACCAUUAUGAUGAAGAGGGAGCUUCUUCUAGCAGGGAUUUGUCCAUUCUUCAAUCUUCUUUACCUUCUUCGAAUGGUGCAAACUCUAGAAACUCGUUGUCUGCAAGGAGAAGUGAAGGGAAUGUCCGUCGACGCAGGCACCCGCUCGAAUCUGGAAUAUGGAUUUUGGUUGAAGUAGUUUUUGCUUUGAGUCAGAUUCUGGCCUCCGCCAUAGUUUUAUGUUUCUCGAGACAUGAGAACCAUCAAGUGUUUGCAUGGGAUAUUAUAUAUGCAUCUGGAUGUCAUGCUACCCUUCCUUUUCUGUAUCGGCGUUUUAUGCACCGCAACCAGGGUAGUGCAAGGGACGAUACCUGGAUCACUCUGCUUCUUUGGUGCUUGCCUUGUGUAAUGUCUAUUCUGGGUUCCCAUGAAGGUUUGAAUCAGGCUAGAAGAUCUACCACAGAAACCACUAAUGUUCAUGACACCAAUGCGCAAGGAGUUGGGGAGGGUGGUGGGACAUUAGCAGCUGGAACCGAAGAAGCACGUAUCAUCUCAUGGAAAGAUGCAGUAUGUAGCAUUUGCUUGGGGAAGUAUGCAGAUAACGAAGAACUGAAGGAGCUUCCCUGUGCCCAUUUCUUUCAUGUGGAUUGUGUAGACAAAUGGUUGAAGAAGAAUGAUUCGUGUCCCCUCUGCAAGCAUGGCAUCAGAGAAAACAGUGGGUACUUUCAGACCUCUGCAGUAAAUUCCAGCCUUUAGCUCCAGAAUGAGAGAAGGGUCACUAAUGGAAGGCAUUAUGUUACUGUUAUUAAGUAGUAUUAGUUAAGAUGUUGAUGUGCUUAGUUUUAUAGGCAUUUGGACUAGUAAUGGAGUUGUUGGUGUGGGAAUAACUUUUACUUUGUAGGGAGUGUCUCUGUGAACUCUGUUUUAAAGAGUCCAUUUCAUAUCUCUUUUUUCUACAUUUUCAAUGCAGCUCAGUAUGCUGUUUAAGCA